UAUUGCACUGAUUUAAUUCAGACAUUCAGGGGUGUGGCAGUGAAAGGAAAGCUAUGGGGGUGAGUCCUAGCUAUAUCAAUGGGUCGAACGAAGAAUCUAUUGAAGAAUGGCUGUCAUCCCACAAACCGUCGACAUCGUUGACACAAGGCACUCGUUGGUUGUGGGUGAGACGCAGUGCUGAUGUCGAAAGCAACCGGGGCGUCAAUCUCAAGGGUCUGAAAGAAGACUGGGAAAAACUGAAACGGAAGGGGAAAAUUUCGAAAGAAGAUAUACUUCACUUGGCAAGAAAGUACAAUGUUACUCAUGGAAAAUGGAUGGUUUUUGAAAGGGUUGGAUCAGACGGUGACGAGUUAUGGGCCAAGAUAGCAAAAGGUGUAUCCUCGGGGCUCACGCUUUCGACCUCGGCCAAAAUCAGUACCAGCCCUGGAGAUCAACACGUAAUCUGUUUAUAUAAUAACAAUUUCCUUGAUCAAGAGGAAGUUUUUGAAAGUGAACGAACAAUAAGAAGUUUGGGGGUUAAAUCCCGAUUGAUAUACAAACCAGAUAUCUAUACCCAUUUGGGAUUAUAUCAGAACAAUAAAUGGAAUAUCAGGGCAAGCCUAUACAUCAGUAAUUAUGAUCACGUUAAAGAAAAGAGUAAGAUUGAUUGAAUACGAACACAUACGUGGCCUGUGACAUAGUGUGGUAUAUGAUCUAUUCCCGAGAGAGAGCUAAAACCAGAGAAAAAAUACGUAAUAUGGUCGAGAUUUCAAGUUAAGUCGGGAAUAGCAGACUCCCUUAAAUAUCUAUAGAUAUAUGAUUGGACCAUAGGCACUAGGCUUUAUUAAUAAAAAACAAAAACGUAAAAAUACUAUAUAAAUAUGCUGUAGUACAAAUAUACUUAUUAUAUAUACUUGCAGGGAUCUUCCAUACAUGUGUACUUUGAUUUUCUGAAAUAUACAUGUACAUAGUAAUUA